AUGCUUCUCGAUUCAAGCCCAGUCCCCAGCUCUGGCAAAAUCAUGCGCCCUCCUACGAGCAUUUUCUGGCAUGUUUCGGGUGCCUGGUGGGCAUUAUCCACGGUGGCCCUUUGUCAACAAUUCUCGCGCCCAAUUACGGUACUGUAUAUUCAGACAUCCGUGCAUUAA